UGUCUGCAUAUGCAAAUCGAACGUCAUGAUUAGAGCAGGAGCAUGAUAAGCACGCUGUCCGGCAGUUUGAAGCUCAAGUGAUUCUCUCCGUCUCCCAAUCCUCGACAAGACAACCAUACAAACCAUCAUUAUGGCACUUACAAUGGACAAGAUUCUCCUCCAUGGCUACUGCUGGGGCAAUGCCUUCUGGUACGCCUCUAGAGGCCUCUGUCGCGUUUAUGACCCAUUGAUGGUCAUCGGCUGGUUCCGUCCUCCUGUAGAAACACACCUCAAAGCAAGCGAUCUCGAGUUGUACAACGUUCGCACAGACGGCUGGUGCCUCAUUUCCCUCGCCGCAUCGCUGCUGGUUCUCUCUCGCGCCUACUCCCGCGGUGGUAUCAACAGAAGCUACUCGAAAGCCUUCAUCGCCGUCUCCAUCUUCCACCACAUCACCACCAUGAUGGGAGCAUACCAACAUUACAAGCUGGACAGUCACUACACAAAGGCCAUGUGGAUUGGUGUGUGGGUGAAUGCCUUCCUCACAGCCGUCGGCGGAAUCGUCUUGGGAGGGCUGGGCAGUGACUCUGUUUCCAGACAAAAGAUCGCAUAGAUUGCCUCGUGCAAAUUCGUGACCGAGUUGAAAAGGGGACUGCGAGCCAAUACUUGAAUCGUUUAGCGAAUUGAUGCUGAUAUGAUAAUGAGGGAUGUAGAGAGGUGGACGUCUUCUUCGACGGCACGCAAGGGCUUGUGGAUAGAGAAAUCGGCCUGAGAAGAUCAGGUGGCGUGUAAUGAGUCGCGCACUCGGCGGGCAUUUUUCAGGAUAGAGUUCAUUGUCUAUCCUUAUAUCAAGCCAUCCGAAAUGCUGUCAAGAUCAGAGUGUCCCACGUUUGUGAUCAAGCGCCCUUGGUCGCAGCGAGCAGAAAGAGACGAGCAAGGCUUGGCAGACAAAUCCAGUCCCC